AUGCCCAGGGAGCUGAGAGUGGGAAAUGGGGAUUGUUGUAAGAGUGCGUGUGAGGCCUUUGGGAGCCCCGAAUUUUGUUGCAACAGCGCCUUCAAUGCGCCUUCAAUUUGUCGGCCGUCAGUGUACUCUGAGAUGUUUGAAUCUACUUACCCGAGAUCCUAUAGUUAUGCUUAUGAUGAUGCUACCAGUACCUUUAGCAAUGCUUAUGAUGUCACUAGAGUAUCCGAAACAAACCUUGAUUCCUCCCAUGUUUCUUCAAGCAAUGCGGAGAGAUCAAAUCCUGGUGAGAACGAUAUGAUGUCGAAAGCAUUCAAACUAGCUGGUUUGGGCAAUCCAAGGAUGGGUAGUCUAGGUGUGUCUGACUCCGACUCUGAUUCGCAUGCGGAUUGUUUUGAUGAAUAUUCAACAUCGUUGUCUUCAAAGUUGCAGAGGCAAGCGUUAUCAAUGUAG